GUGAAAGUGUAGCAGACAUCACAGUGAAAUUAGUCUUCAAGACAUUUGAACCAUGCACUAAGUGCUUGGUUGGGUUUUUCUGUUUGAGGUGUAGCAUCAUCCUUUUACAUGAAAACAUAAUCUAUUCUAGACUGUGUGCAUUUGUUGGGCAGCUUUGAUGGUUUCACACUCACACCUACAUGUUCCUAUACAGCUCUCAGUGAAGUGCCGCCUUCUGCUCAGAUCAGAUAAUUGUCAUUCUUAUUAAGCAGCUGUGCCCUAUCCAAGUUGUCUUUCCUGAUCAGAAACCAGAAGGAACAGAAACUCUCACUGCUUUCUAUUAGACUUGUUUGUGUUGAUACUGUCUCAGGGGGAGAAAAUGGAGGCAUAUGAUUACAACAUUAGCUACUCUGAAAUAUUACAAGCUGCGUAUGAUGAAAUGGUGGAACCAUGUUCGAUGGAGCUCAAACUGAAGAUUGAGAACUUCCUCCAGUUAUUUGUUUAUCCUAUCAUUUGUUUUGUUGGUUUUAUCGGCAACGCUCUUGUGAUCAUGACAUACGCUCUCUACAAGCGGACCAAGUCCAUGACUGACGUGUAUCUGCUGAAUGUGGCCAUCGCUGACAUCCUGUUUGUGAUGGCACUGCCUUUGAUUAUCUACAACGAGCAGUAUGGGUGGACCAUGGGAAACUUGUCUUGCAAACUUCUGCGAGGCAUCUACAGCGUCAACCUCUACAGCGGCAUUCUGCUCCUGGCUUGCAUCAGUGGAGAUCGCUAUCUUGCCAUCGUACAGGCCCGCCGGUCCUUCCGGCUGCGUUCAAGCACUCUGCUUUACAGCCACCUGGUCUGCGCAGUCGUCUGGUUGUCGGCCCUGCUCUUGUCCCUUCCUACCUUCAUGUUUUAUGAGCGUUACCAACCCAGCCCAUCUGAAUCCAGCCUUUGGAACGUUACUGACAGUGAAGAUGGGCAAUAUGUCUGCUUUUUUAAAUUUCAGUCAAAUGAAACGGCACGUAUGAUGAAAACUGUGGUGCCCAGCUCUCAGAUUGUGUUGGGUUUCUUCUUGCCGCUGCUGAUCAUGGGAUUCUGUUACUCCAGCGUCAUUGUCACCCUCCUUCGGGCCAAGAACUUUCAGAGACACAAGGCAGUGCGUGUGGUUCUCACUGUGGUCCUUGUGUUUGUGGUCUUCCAUAUGCCUUAUAAUUUAGCACUGUUGUUUUAUACCAUCAACAUGUUUCAAGAGCAGGAAUGCAGCUUUGAUGAGUCCAUCGGCUUGACCAUGAUCAUAACAAGAAGCUUGGCGUACCUGCACGCUUGUCUCAAUCCCCUGCUGUAUGCCUUCAUCGGGGUGAAUUUCAGAAACCACUUCCGGAAGAUCUUACAGGACAUCUGGUGCUUGGGGAAGAACUACAUGUCAGCAAGACGGUCCUCACGGGCCACCACUGAAAUGUAUGUUUCCACCCGGCGCUCUGUGGAUGGCUCGUACUAUGAAAAUGGCACUUCAUUUACCAUGUGAUUUGGUGCUAAUUAAGGGCAAAGUGCCCAGCAUUGUGACUGACAGCCUGAUUAGCAUUGAUCAAAAAUGAAAAUUCAGUCAUCAGUCAUUCACCUUCAUGUUGUUCCAAACCUGUAUGACCUUCUCUUUUUUGUCCCACAAAAAAAAUAAAAUAAAAAAAUAAAAAUAUUAAAAUACAAAAAGUCUGACUGGGAAAGAAAGAAAAAGUCCUAGUUUGACUGGGAUAACGUGAGGUUGAGUAAAUGAUGAAUUAAUUGAAUUAAUUAAUUAGGAAUUAUGCCAAUUACAAACCAAAGAGGGAAAAUGUUUAUUCUUUGUUUCAAUGUGCUAGAACAGCAAAUUUUAAAAAGGCUUCUGUUUAUGAAUGAAUUUUGCAAUCAAUAGGCACUAUAUGUAGUACUAAUGUAGAAUGUUUUUAUUUUUCUAUAUGUACUAUUAACCUUUUGUACAUAGAAUCUUUAACAUCGCCUAAUGUACCCAAUAUAUAAACAUUGUAAGUUUUAUCUAAAUAAAUUAGGCAAGAUAUUGCAACACAACAACAAACUGUGAAGAGCGAUGUUUUGAAAUGAGAUCCAGUGCUGAGAAUCAGUGCACCAUCUGAGGCUUACCGGGUUUUUUUUUGUUUUUUGAAUGACAUUGAAAGUCUUGUACUGUAUGUGCUAUGACCUUUGAGACAUUUUGUCUUUGACCUGGAUACAUGCUCUCAUACCCUUUUGCAUCACAGUCCUCUACAAAAACUAGUUCCUUCCCCCAAAACAUAUCUUUUUUUAUUUUUUUUUGUAAUUCAACUUUUUUUUUUUGUAUUGUUCAACAGUCAAAUCUUCAUACAUCACCACAGUACUCAAUAUUCACCUUUCCAAUCAAUUAUAUAUUCAGCCACUAGUCACCAUCAAUGUAACAAAACAAAGCACAUGGGAAUUUAACAGUUGUUAAAGGGAUAGUUCACCCAAAAAUGAAAAUUCUGUCAUUAAUUUCUCACCCUCGUGUCAUUUCAAACCCGUAAGACCUUCGUUUCAUCUU